GCCGGGCUGGAGGAGGGGCGCAGGCCGGCGUGUGCUCCGCGCGUCCCCACCGCAGGCUCCCCGUCCCCGCCGUGCGCUCCCUCCGGUCCGGAGGCUGCGGGCCCCGCUCGGGAGCCGUCUCCCCACGCGCCCGCCCCAUGGCUUCGCCGGAGGACCCUCUGCGCGCAGGUCACAUGGCCGAGGAGCCCGUGGAAGACACGGACCCCAGCACUCUGUCCUUCCACGUGUCAGACAAAUAUCCUAUUCAAGAUACGGGACUCCCUAAAGAGUGUGAUCCAGUCCCUUCGAACGGCCCAACAAAUUCUGAUGUGCACCAUCAGGGAGAAGAGAAUGGCUUUGCAGACAGUCCCGGAGACCCCCUCGCAGACGUAAGCAAGGUCGUCAGCAAGGCUGAGUCCUGCCGGGAGGACUGCACCUGCUCCGCCUGCUCGCUCCGGGCCCCCACCAUCAGUGACCUGCUCAACGACCAGGACUUGCUGGACGUGAUCAGGAUCAAGCUGGACCCCUGGCACCCCACCAUCAAGAACUGGAAGAAUUUUGCCAGCAGGUGGGGCAUGCGCCAUGACGAGCUGAACUUCCUGGAGCAGCGGCCCCAGAGCCCCACCCUGGAGUUCCUGCUCCGCAACAGCCAGCGGCCGGUGGGCCAGCUCGUGGAGCUCUGCCAGCACUACCACCGCGCCGACGUGGAGCGCGUGCUGCGCAGGUGGGUGGACGAGGAGUGGCCCAAGAGGGCACGCGGAGACCACCCCAGGAACGUCUAGGCCUCCACUCCUCGCCUUGGCCAAUUUGGACCUUGAAACAGCCCCAGACCAGGGAGCAAUGUGAAUCUGUUCCUUUUUAUUUUUUUAAAUAAUAUAUUUUUAUUGAUUUCAGAGAGGAAAGGAGAGGGAGAGAAAAAUAUCCAUGAUGAGAGAGGAUCACGGAUCGGCUGCCUCCUGCACGCCCCCUACUGGGGAUGGAGCCCGCAACCCAGGCGUGUGCCCUGACCGGGAAUCGAACCCUGACCUCCUGGUUCAUAGGUGGACGCUCAACCACUGAGCCACACCGGCCGGGCUGUGUUGCUCACUUUGGAGCCGUUCACUCGUUUCUCGAGUCAGAUUCCCUCUGUGUGCCCCCGGCCUUCUCUCUCCCAGCCUCAGGCCAACAGCUGCUUCCAUUUUGCACCGACAGAUGCAGAGUCAAUGUGUGGGCUUGCCUUUCAUAGUUAAUCACACUUCGGUUUUCUACCCUUGUCACCGAAACUACACAAUGACAUGGGCCCAAAGAAUUGAUGAGGUCGUUCUCUUUGCUCUGUGGGGGUUCGAGCUCCCUCCAGCACCCCCCCCCCCCCCAACCCUGUGCACGCCCUAUAAACGCAGGGAGGCAGGUCUCUCUCCCCUUGUGUUUAGAGAGCAUCCAGGCGGAGAUGCUCAGCCACAGGCUGGAUCUGCAGGAGCUCCAGGUGAGUGGGUGCCACACCUGGUGGUACCACUAGGGGGAGCCCCUAGAGGGACUCACCGCUAAAUGAAGACAGCCUAAAUGCCUCCCAGAAAUCAACCCUUUAUUUGCAUUAAGGGGCAGCCUGACAGGACUGCUUUUGGAAAUGGAGAAGGGGGUGGCUUCCCACGGCUCCCUAAGCCGAGCCAUGUUCUUCUGUUGUCUGUGACACCCGGUGACCAUCUUCCUGGGAGGCCUCCUGGGUGACGCGUCUUCCGCCAUCACAGGCAAUGCUUUGAAACGACUGGAUUUUGGUGAGACUCUGUGUUGAUCUAUCUGAAGGGUGUACUUGUGAAGCCGCCUUCCUUUUGGUCUCCUGUUUCAACACGCGUUUAUAUGUUUCUUAGAAAUAAAGAUUAUUUUUACCUAGAUUAUAAUGGGUGCUACAAAAUUAAAGGUGGAUGCCAACCACUAUCUGUAAUGGGU